UGUUCCCCGACUUGGCUACGUUCGUUACGUUCGUGCGUCCUCGCUUCUGUCGACGAUCAUCUCGGCAUUUCUCUCGCCUAAUCCGCCUAGUCCCGCAUUUCUUCCCCUCCGUCGAUCCUCUCCGCAUCCGGUGAGACUCGGGAGCGGGCGAAGAAUGAACCGACCGGCUCGGUCCCCGCGCCGCCUCGACGCCUAUCACGUGCCGGACCCGAUUCGCGCGAUGGAGGAAGACGCUCGGAAGGCGGGGACGCACGCGACGGGGGAGCUCGGGACCGUGCCCCCUCUGUCCACGACGGAGUUCGCGUCGCGGGACGGAGGAUUCGCGUCGCCGCGACUCCUCCGCGCCUCGCUCUACGCGAUCCCCGCGACCCGUCGGACCCUCGAAGACGCGGGACUCCCCCUCGCCCUCUCCCUCUGCCCCUUCGCGAGGGAGGCGCCCGGGGAGACGCCCCCGCCGCUCGUGGACGCGGGGGCUCGGGGACCCGUUCGAUGCAACCGAUGCGAGGCUUACGUCUCCCCCUUCGUCCGCUUCACCGACAAGUUCUUCUCCUGCGCCUUCUGCAAGGCCAGCACCGAAGUUCCGGCGGAGUACUUCUCGCGUCUCCACCGAAUCGGCGAGAGCAUCGACAAGGACCGGCAUCCCGAGCUCCACCUCGGCGCCUACGAAAUCCUCGCCACCAAGAAGUACUGCAAGGCGAGUCCACCCCCGAUCCACGUCGACCUCCGAUCCACGUCGACCCGCGAUCACACAUCCCUCGUCUCUCCCCCGCAGAACGGGAAAUUCCCCGAGGAGCCGGCGUUCGUGUUCGUCCUGGACGCGAGCCAGAACUGCACCGCCCCGGUCUCCCUCUUCUGCUCCAAGGUGAAGUCCCUGUUGAAGUGCCUGCCGAAGGAGGCCGGGGCGGGUCCCGCCGAGGCGUCGCGCGUUCGAGUCGGCUUCAUCACCUAUCACAAGUCUGUCGACUUCUACAACUGCAAGGCGUCUCCCGGCGCGGCCGGGAAGAUCCCCGCCAACGACGACGGGGGCAUGUACAACUUCCUCACGGACGGGUUCCUGGUCGACCCCACGGAGUCGGAGUCGACCAUCGACCAGAUCCUCAACGACAUCUCCAAGUGCAAGGCGAAGGACAACCGGAGCACGGAGACGAUCCUCGCAAGAGCGAUUCAGUUCGGCACGGAAGCUCUCGCGGUGGGCACGGAUUCGAUCGGCGAUGGCUCGCGUGACGAUGGCCUGUCGAUGACCUGUCGGUGGGGUUUUCCAGGCCAACGAGUGUUGCGGGAAGCUGUUCGUGUUCCACGCUGCUGUUGCAGCGACGCAGGUGUCGGGGAAGGCGAAGAAUUGCGGGCUCUUCGGGACGGAGACCUUGAAUGUGGCGUGGCUCACGGGGGGCACGGUCCACAGAUACCCAAACUUUCAGGUGUGUUCGAGUUGGGGGUGGAGGCGGUGGAGUGCGACCUGUCGAUGUCGUCUAUGGGGGAUUUGCAGGUGGCCACGGACGGGAGGAGGUUCCUGUUGGAUCUCGGUGGAGCCGUCGGGCGGCCCGUUGCGUUCGAUUGCGAGGUGCAGAUACGCACGUCGAAGGGGGUCAGGCCGGUCAGGGUCGUCGGGCAGAGUCCCAUGGCCAAUGCCAAUGCGGUCAAGUUGGCCGCCAUCGACUCGGACAAGGGUUUCUGCGUGGAGCUGGAGCACGAGGGGAAGUUGGAGGAGGAGGCGGUGUAUCUGCAGGUGGCGGUCUUGUACACGACGUGUGGGGGGCAGAGGAGGUUGAGGAUUCUCAAUCUGGCCUGUGGGGUUGCGGCUGGCAUGGCGGAGGUCUACCGGUCGGCCGAGCUCGAUACUAUCAUCACGUAUCUCACGAAGGCUGCCAUCGAGGAGUUCCCGGAGCGGAACUUGCAGAAGACGAGACAGGACCUCGUGGACCACUGCGCCAGGAUCCUCGCAUCGUACACGAGGACCUUCGGAGGGCCCGCGUACGCGGGGCAGGUCAUCCUGCCAGAGAACGGCCUCAAGCUCCUCCCCCUCUACAUGUACUGCUUGUCCAGGAGCCCCAUGCUUAAAGAAGGUCGGAACCUCCCCGAUCGGAUGGCAUCGUCCUCCCCUCGUCAUCAACUCAUGGUGCUGACGAUGGAUGUCCCCAGCACGAUGGCGUACCUCUACCCUCGUCUCCUACCUCUCGGAGACGCGUCCGACGGGGAGCCCGAUGGGCCUGGGGAACCCGGUGGGCCCGGGGAGCCCCUGCGACUUCCCAAACGGGUGCCUUGCCUCGUUCAGAAAUUUCAAGAAGAGGGAGACGAUGAUGGCAUCUAUCUCCUCGAGAAUGGGAUAUCGAUGUACCUGUGGGUGGGACCCGGUGCGGAUUCGGAUCGGCUCCUCGACGUGUUCGGCGCCCGAAGCCCCGCCGAGACGAAGAUGGAGCUCGAGGCGGGGGAGAACGGCGAGAAGCCGCUUUCGCACAGGAUCCAUGCCAUCAUCGACGCCGUUCAGAGUCAGAGGCCCCACCAGAUGCCGUUGACGGUGGUGAGGAAGGAGGACGGGAUGGGGAAGGCAGUGCGGGAUCUCCUCGUCGAAGAUCAGGCCUUGAGUCCUUCGCAGUACUGCAAGUUCUUGAACGACGUGCGCAGCGAGGUGCGGCGCCUCGCUUGAACGAAUCCUUUUCAUCCUUUUCGCUUUUCUGGUGUACAUCGAUCCUGCAAUUAUUAUUUUUGCAUGCUGUGGUUCUACCUUAAGAGUUUCCCAACUUUCUGCUGUUUGCCUUUCCCGUUUUGAAUUUCUUCGAUCGCCCCAUUUUAUGCCGCUAUCUCCUAUUUUCAUCCCGC